AUGGAGACACGGGAAAAUAGGUUGGUUGGAUGUAGAAAUUGUUGCCGGGGAUGUGCAGGUGUCGUCACUAUGACAUUAAUUCGUAGCAGAAUUAAAAACAAGACGUCAAGCGUAGUACCAAUGAUGACAUCAUCAGCGGAAAUUCCAACAACAAAAUCUCACGAUAUCUUUCCAUUAGUUUACAAUUUACAAACAAAAUCUAUGAAAUACAAAAGUUUUGUUUUGUUAAAUACUCAAACGAGUUAA